AUGGCUGCGAGUACGAUUGCUAGUUCGUGGAUCUUGUUGGCACUUCAGACGCCUAUUUUAGCAGAAGGAGACAAGAGAACGCACCUCCUAAUGGGGAGGAUGACCGCAUAG